GCUAGGGAAGCGUGUGUGGUCACGCGUGUGAUCAUUGUUUCCAUUUUCAAAACAUAGCUUGAUGUUGUACGCUUCCUGGCCCGUGACUGUAAUUAUCUGAGCUUGAAGUUUUGAGUGGAUACCAUACUCUAAAGGUAAUGGUUUGUAAAUAAAGUGCUGACCCUGACAACCAGGAAUCAUGGAGGAUGAAUGGAAACCGCUCUUGGCCUCAGAACGGGCUGGAGAGGCCUACACUGAUCGUGGUGUCAUGGACUCUCUGGACCCAAAGUCAAAAAGGCCGUUCCACGUGGAGCCGCGGAACAUCGUGGAGGACGACGUGCCGGAGAGGGUGUCUGCCGAGGCCUCGGUGAUGAGCAGCAGAGUGCACUACUACAGCCGCCUCACCGGCUCCACCGACAGACUGCUGGUUCCUCCAGAUCACGUCAUCCCUGCUCCAGAGGAGAUCUACGUUUACAGCCCACUGGGAACUGCGUUCAAAGUGCAGGGAGGUGAAAGGCCAACCAAAAACCCCAGCAUUGUCACCAUUUUUGCAAUAUGGAACACAAUGAUGGGCACAGCUAUACUGAGCAUGCCUUGGAGCAUAAAGCAGGCAGGGUUCACCUUAGGCAUAAUCAUCCUGAUCUCUAUGGGCUUAUUGACACUGUACUGCUGUUACAGAGUACUGAAGUCUCCCAAGUCGAUACCUUACGAAGAUACCUCCGACUGGGAGUUCCCUGACGUGUGUAAAUACUACCUCGGGCCCUUCGGCCAGUGGUCAAGCCUGCUGUUCUCAACGGUGUCCCUUAUUGGUGCCAUGGUGGUCUACUGGGUCCUCAUGUCCAACUUCCUGUUCAACACGGGCAAAUUCAUAUACAACUAUGUUCACAAUGUCAACAUGUCAGAUUCGGAGUACGGGACCAAUGGAACCGAACGAGUGCUCUGCCCGUUCCCCAGCCAAGACACGGGGAAGAACUGCAGCAUGAGCCUGUUCUACCUGGGCGACAACAGCACGGGGACGCCCCUGUUCGACUACUGGUGGAGCAAGACCAACACCGUGCCCUUCUACCUCAUCAUCCUGCUGCUGCCGCUCCUCAACUUCCGCUCCGCCGCCUUCUUCGCCCGCUUCACCUUCCUGGGGACGAUAUCGGUGAUCUACCUGAUCUUCCUGGUCACGCUGAAGGCUAUCCGUCUGGGCUUCCACCUGGAGUUCCACUGGUUCGAGCCCUCCAAAUUCUUCGUCCCAGAGUUCCGGGUGCUGUUCCCCCAGCUGACCGGAGUCCUCACUCUGGCGUUCUUCAUCCACAACUGCAUCAUCACACUCAUGAAGAACAACAAACACCAGGGGAACAAUGUGCGGGACCUGUCCGUGGCAUAUCUGCUGGUGGGCCUGACCUAUCUGUAUGUUGGAGUCCUGAUCUUCGCUUCGUUCCCAUCCCCUCCGCUGUCUAAGGACUGCAUCGAGCCGAACUUCCUGGACAACUUUCCUAGCAGUGACAUCCUGGUGUUUGUGGCUCGGGCCUUCUUGCUGUUCCAGAUGACCACGGUCUACCCGCUGCUUGGCUAUCUAGUCCGGGUGCAGAUGAUGGGACAGAUCUUUGGCAACCAUUACCCUGGGUUCUUCCAUGUAUUCACCCUGAACGUGGUCAUCGUGGGUGCAGGAGUCCUCAUGGCCAAGUUUUACGCCAACAUUGGCUCCAUUAUCAGGUACUCGGGGGCGUUGUGCGGCCUGGCCCUGGUGUUCGUCUUUCCCUCCGUCGUACACAUGAUAUCCCUCCGCCGCCUCGGGGAGCUGCGCUGGCCCUCCGCCCUCUUCCACAGCUUCCUCAUCUUCCUGGGAGUGGCCAAUCUGGUCGGGCAGUUCUUCGUGUAGCCCCGCCUUCUCGCGGCCUCAGCUGCCAGAACUGACCAAUCAAGCUGCUCCUUCACUAACUCCAACUCCCCCCCCCCCCACUCGCUCUCUGGGGCAUUCUGUGAAGAAGAUGGCGGUUUCCGACAGAUUCAAUAAUAAUCUUUUGAAUAGGGACAUUCUGAAAAAUAUCAGGUGUCUUUUUUUUUAUUUUUUAUGUACAUUCAUACGGACCGUUACAACUCAUACAAAUAGAGCUCUAUUUUAUGUUUUGAGAAAUAUUGUUCAAUUGAUUUAAUCAGCUGAAAACUGUGUCAAAAUUUGAAUCCUCAUGAAUCAAAAAAUGUGUUUUUGAUAUUUUGAGGCCUCCGUAAGACAGACUUUUCUGCCGCGUGGGUGACUACGUCAGGCUGGCCGAAUGGAGGAAGACUGCUCAGACACCCUGAUGCUCACAGUGCUCUGAGCACUUACCCUGUGGCUGCUUGCAGCAGAAAGGAGGGUGUAUGUUGUAUGUCAUAGAUGCUCAACUUAAGGUCUUAAAAGUACAAGUUCAACAUCAAGAAUGGGUGUUUUUAAACUGUCGGGAGCCUGAAACCAAACCCGUGGAUUUGGUGCUGAAUCAGAACUAUGAAGGAAUGGAUACGGAUUCAUGGAUCCUAUCAAGGCCUCAUGGAUUGUUGAAGAUAUUAAAAGCCAUCUACUCCUGUUAAACGCGCAUGCGUGUGCUACAGCGAUUCCUUAUUAGUCCAUGGUCAUGGAAACGUAGUUGUCUCCAGCUGGAGGUAGCUGGUGAUCAGUGUGACUGGCUCCCUUUCUCUAUCCUCACACACUUACUUAGCUGGGAGUGCCAUUUUAGGCCCCUGGGAAUAAUUUAGUAUUUUUACUCAAACUAACAACUCUAUUGGAGCUUGGUCAGCUGGGCCAGUGGUUCCUAAACUUGGUCCUGGGGGCCCCCUGGUUAUGCUGGUUUUUGGUCCAACCACAAUUGCAAUUGCAGAACCUUAACAAGCUAUUUUUUUCUUAUUUGCCUUCCAUGUUCAGAGGGAUUAUGUACCCUCUUGAGACACAUUUUCUCAGACAGGCUAUGCAUUCCACAGAGAAUAAAACUCCCAUGUUUUUAUUGUGCUAUAUUGCAAACAAUUACAUAACAAGGUCACAUUUAUUGAUCAAAUGUUAAACUGAGGUUAAUCAGUGGCUCCUAAUUAGGUUGCUGAACACGUGUUUAAUUUCUUUCAUGAAUUUAUCAUCACAAUGCAGGUUUGACUCAUUAUCAUUUGCUUUGUUUUUAAUUUUUUUUAUCAUCUUCCACGUGGUUUGUUUUAGUGGCUAGGUGUUGAGAAUUUCACCAAUUAGGAGCCUAUUGAUUUACCUCAGUCUUUAAUUUGAUCAGGGCGGCCUGUUGUUUAGUGGUUAAGGUAAAUGACUGGGACAGGCAAGGUUUGUGGUUCAAGUCCUGGCCACAAUACGAUCUGAACAGCCGUUGGGCCCUUGAGCAAGGCCCUUAACCCUGCAUUGCUCUAGGGGAGGAUUGUCUUCUGCUUAGUCUUACCAAAUGUACGUCGCUCUGGAUAAGAGCAUUUGCCAAAUGCCAAUAAUGUAAUGUAAUGUAAUGAUCAGUUAAAUAUAACUUGCCUUUUUGAUAUAAUUACUUGCAAUAUAGCACAAUAAACACAAUAUGAACAUGGGAAUUGUAUUAUUCAUGGCCAUGUCUGACAUAAUGUGGUUUAAGAGGGUAAAUAACCCCUUAAAACAUCAAUAGCACAUAAUUAAGAAAAAUGAGCAGCUUGUUAAAGUUCUGGGAUUGCAAUUGUGGUUGGAACAAAAACCAGCAUACACAGGGCUCCCCAGGACCAAGUUUGGGAACUACUGAGCUGGGGUACUAGGUUAAACCAAGCCCUCUUUUUCAGUCUGAUAACUGUAGUGACUAGCCCAGUGGUGCCUGACCAUGCCAUUGAGUGCCGAGAGUAUGUAGGGUUCCAUCCCAGCCAGUCACUUCAGCUGCUGACUUCACUCAGGACCUCACCCUUCAACCAGAAGAGGGAACUAAUUGGUGAAAUCAGCAGGUAAAGUGAUUGGUUGGAAUGAACUUACAUCUCUCAGCCCUCCAUGGCUCUGAUUGAGUACCGUUGGGCUGGCCAGUGCAUGACUGCUUAAUUCUUCUCUUUUCCAUGGGGGAUGUAAAUUUGGCCAGCUCGUUCAGUGCCCCCUUUAUUCAAUGAAAACCUACAGCAAGUAGCCUACUGGACCCUGCAUGUAGCUCCUCCCACUUCCUCUCCCAACCGUCUUAUUGGAAGAGCCCAUGUUGCCUGGCACCUUGUUGCAUCAUUGCUCAGACCGGUACAUGAAGGGAAAAGUGGCUGUGCCGUGUGUAUGUAUAUGUAUAUGUAUAUGUGUAUGUGUAUGUAUGUAUGUAUAUAUAUAUAUAUAUAUAUAUAUCAUCAUUAUCUUUCAGCGGCAAGUGCAAUUGAAACGGAUGUAAAGCCAUGUCGAUUUUGAGAGGGGAUAAUUAGCCAUGCAUUUUAAAGCAUGGGUGAAACUUCUAUGGGUAAGGGAGACUACAAUGAGUCUUCGGUGCUACCUUUGCCUUCACUAUACAGUGAUUUUGUUCUCAAUCAUACCAGAAGUGCAAUAGAGGAGAUGGUGCACCUUAUUACAAAUGAUUGGAUGAAAGGGAUUUUUUGAUUGCCUGAAAAUGUUUACGUUACCAUACUGACAUUAGCCUGUACUGUAAUAUUUUUAUAAUUGGAUUACUUUAAUUUCUACCCAAGUUCUCCAGAAUUUGUCAAGCUAUUUGGCGGUUUGACUGUUCUUGCUUAACUGCAAAAAUGUCCAGGAAUAUUUGUAAUGUGUUGGCAGCCCACAGUAGCCAGUGCUGCUGAUCAGUUCAAAUACUGUACAUGUUUUUGCUCUGCAAGCAGUGUAUUUUACCUUGGUAUGUUUGCUUUUAGAAUACAUAAUCUUAAAAAUCUA